CUGGUGAGGGAAAGAGACGCCUUUGUCGAGGAUGAAAGCUUACGGAGCUGUCUGCGGAAAAUCAUUUCAGCAGCUAUUAGCCGCCAAACCACCGUGUAGCUGGCCGCAAACGUGAGACCCACAGUCAAGUCGAGAGCCUGCACAGGUAAGCUUCCUCUUAUGGCUUGGUUUGCCCGACUGUCUUGAAGAGCUUCGUCCAUUGCCAAUCCCUCCUUUCUUACACACAAGUUUUCCCCUGCCUUUACUCCUCCACAGUCCAGCGUCAGAAGAUUAUACGCCACAAUGUCCAAGUUUCAGCUGAAAUGGGGCAUUCUUGCCACUGGAGGCAUCGCGGAGACUUUCGCGCGGGACCUCUACCCGAACCCAGAGUGCCGUGGCGUCAAGGACAUUGAGCAUGUUGUGGUGGCAGCUGCCUCGUCCUCUUCCGCCGACCGUGCGCAGAAGUUCUUGAAGGAGGUCCGGGCGCCGGAGUCUGCGAAAGCAUAUGGCUCGUACGCGGAGAUGGUCAAGGACCCCAAUGUGGACAUCAUCUACGUCGCAACACCUCACAGUCACCACUAUCAGAACGCCAUGCUUUGCUUAGAAGCUGGUAAGAACGUGCUCUGCGAGAAGGCGUUCACGACCAAUGCGGCGCAGUGCGAACUUUUAAUCAAGAAAGCCAAGGAGAAGAACUUAUUCCUAAUGGAGGCCGUGUGGACACGCUACUUUCCACUUUCGAUCUAUGUUCGCGAGGUCAUCACUUCUGGGAAGAUCGGACCUGUGAGCAGGGCCUACGCAGAUCUGAGCCAAACGAUGAUUCCCGAGAAAACCUUCGAUGACGGCCACCGUAUGGUAAAUCCUGAUCUAGCCGGUGGAGCCUUACUUGAUCUGGGUAUCUACGCGCUCACUUGGAUCUUUCAAACCCUGUAUACCACGGAGAAGAACCCAAAGCCACCGAAAGUGCUCAGUUUCAUGCGCAAGUACAAGCUCGGCACUGACGAGCAGACCACCAUGAUCUUGGACUUUCCGCCCACAGACAGUAGAGGCGAGGCACAUGGCAUCGCCACCACCGGUAUGCGGACACAUGCCGAUCCCGACGGUAAAGGCUCAGCUGGACCUGCCAUUCGCGUGCAAGGCGAGCUUGGUGAGGUGCAAGUCUUCCACCCGGCGUACAGACCUACGCGCACGAAGCUCGUGCUGAACGACGGAACGGUCGAGGAGAAGCAUUGGCCGCAACCUGGUCCUGGAAAGGGCAGCGGCUGGAAGAACGGCUUCGGCGGUGGCUGGCAAGAGGAAGGUGAGGGUCAAGGCAUGUUUUGGGAGGCCGACGAAUGUGCGUAUGCGCUUAGAGACGGUAGAAAAGAAGGCAGGUAUGAGAAUCUUGAAGAGAGUCUGGUGAUCAUGAGGGUGAUGGAUGAGGUGCGGCAGCAGAACGGCAUGAAGUUACCGGAAAAGAUCGAGACGACGGAUUACCCGGUAGAGCUGUGAUGAAUUG